AUGAAAACCAUCAUAAUCCCUCUCAUUGAACUGAAAACCUCUUGCUUGAAAUGUUUUCAAUCUUGUCAUGCUUUUGACGCGGAAUGGUGCCUUGAUCUCCACGGUUUUCUCUCUCGCGACGAGUUCGCCGCUCGUCUUAAUGAAAUCAAUAAUCACAUCAAAGACAUCCCGUUAUUGAGCGAGAGAACAAUGAAUAUUUUUAAGAACAUAUGUAGUGUAAUAGGGUCGCACGCGAUCUUAUUUAUAAUCGUUUCAUUUUUCUUAUCCCCUACACAUACUAUUUCUUUUAUUGGUCCCGUAGUCGUAUUAUCCACUAUUUUCAUAUACAUUUUGGGCACAUAUUUGAUCGAUAGAACAGCAAAGCAUCGUGCUGAAAAAUUUACCGCUUCCUUAAACAGUUUGUUCACACAUUACAAUAUACGACAGAAAGAUAACCCAACAGCUAACUGGAAUCUUGUAUGGCGACGCGCCAACCUCUCUCAUUACACGAUAAAGAUGAAGGCAAGCUGGGAUGGGAGCGUAAAGGGAAAAGCCACGCCGAAAUAUGUCGAAUACGCAGAAAUAGUACUCGAAAUCAAUGACGCCCUCUCUGAACUUACCGCUCAGACCGUCCGGGUGAACCUUGCGGCUGACGUCAUCUCUUACAACUUAUCACUAUCACAAGAUGCUCAAGAGAAGGUUGUCAGCAAUUCGGUAUAA